GAAUUAUCUACCUUAUUUAAUGUGAUAUUUUUUCCUAUUAGCUUCAAAUUAUUUCGAACCAACAUUACAUGUUUUCAAUUGGAUCACAACAAGUUUACUACGUUCCCAACAUUUGAUGAUAAUUCUAUAGUUUUUCCGAACGUUAACAGGUUGGACUUAUCAGCCAAUCAAAUUACUUCUUUACCAGAUGAAUCUCAACAAACACCGUUUCCAAAUUUACAAGUCCUUAAUGUUAACAAUUGUCGAAUAGAAAAAUUACCAACAAAAUUUCCAUUUCCUAAAUUAACGACUUUUCUUGCUACAUCAAAUUUACUUACAUCUAUUACUCCAUCAACAUUUGAAAAUAUGGAAGUGGUUGAUAUUUCCAAUAAUAAUAUCAAUUUCUUACCACCUCUAUUAGGAGAUAUCACAACAAUUAAGACAUUACUGAUUGAGGGUAAUUCAUUUCGAGUUCCAAGGUAUACAAUAGUACAGCAGGGUACAGUUGCCAUCAUGGAAUAUUUACGAGGAAGAAUUCCACGAUAA